CCCCAGGGACUCGCCGUCGUCCGGCUGAGGCGUUCGCUAGUUGAGAUGAUGGCGAGUGGGACGCCGGAUUCGCAAGCCCGAUUUGGUCAGUCGGUGAAGGGGCUUCUCACAGAGAAGGUGAACACCUGCGGCACCGACGUAAUCGCGCUCACCAAGCAGGUGCUAAAAGGCUCGCGAAGCUCUGAGCUGCUGGGGCAGGCAGCUCGAAACAUGGUGCUACAGGAAGAUGCCAUCUUGCACUCGGAAGAUAGUUUAAGGAAGAUGGCGAUAAUAACAACGCACCUUCAGUACCAGCAAGAAGCUAUUCAGAAGAACGUUGAACAGUCGCCUGACCUGCAGGACCAGUUGAGUCAUUUACUGAAGUAGCUCUCGCCAGAACAGCAGUUGACUUCUUUGCCUGAUGCUGAGAAGGACGCGGCCUUGGUUUCCAUUUUCAUCUCCAAAAAUUCAUCUAGAAAAGACUUGUGAAAAGAAGAAGCCAAGUGACCAAAUAUGAAAGCACUUCUUAAGUUGGAGUAACUCAUCUUCAAGUGGUUUUAUAUUAAAAUUAAUAGGUUGAAUCAUUAGCAUCA